GAAUGGACGCCCAUCAGCUUAGAAGCGUAUCUUCUAUGAUGGUUGGAGGAUCAAUUCCGCGCUCCUCCCGCCGUUGCUGAUCCGCCACGAGUGAGUGAGCCCGAUUGCGUAAAAGGAAACAGAAAACCCAUUCUGCCAUUAAGCACGGGGUGGAAAGAUGCCUUUGUGAUUGGCUGUGAUUUGAGAGCGAUUGUUUGUCAAUAAGGUGGUCAUAUUUAAUGGAGGAAGUGCGUAAUGCUUUUUCAAUUAGUAACUGUUUCAAUUAAUAUAACUUACUGCAGUAGAGCCAAGAGCGCCGUGCACUUUUGGGGCAGAAAAACUUUCAAUAACGCCAAAUGGAAGUGUUUAACAUGAAAGCAGAGAUGAAAACAAACUUUGAAAAACAUGCAGCAAAAGGUACAAACGAUGCAAACGUAUGAGAUAUGAGAGAAAACUGAACGGAAAGCGGAGAGAAGCGAAUGAAAGAACAAAAAAGAUUUGAGCAAGAGCGGGAGAAAAUGGCCCCGCACUGGCGACUGGGAAAAGUGAGAAAACGGAGAAAAACGCGCACGCAACUCUCGACGGUAGUGAACAUGAUGGGUGCGCUCGCGCGCGCGCGCGCGCACUCACGCCCGUGGUCUACACGCGAGGUCUGCGCAGCUGCGCGAGUUAGUUGCAAUAUGAGCGUUCGUUCGAACGGUUCCCGUACAGUUCGCUUCGAUCGCUGAAAACUGCUGCCGGACUACACAGCCCCAACGGCUCUCGUGCUGCUUCUCGUCGUCGUCGUCCUCCUAGGUCGUCUCGUGUUCGGUCGCGUUUGUUCACCGGGCAAGUCAAAGUCACGCGCUACACAGGCCAGGCGACAGCGACCAGGAGAGAACGCCAACCACCAACACAGCGCAUCAGCAGCAUCGGGCGAACGAACGACGGGAGCAAUUUGUUUGCUGACAGCCUUCCUGGCCAGUGUUCUUGGUUGGAGUGGCGCGGUGUAUCAGUUGUGCCACCCCGAAGAUCCCGAUACACCCCCGGGGCCGAUUGGAGCAGCAGAAGAGGUGCUUCUUGAUCCAUGGAAAUCGUCUCCCUUUCGCUGGGUUGGUUUUCUUUCUUUACGGUCAAUUCUGCACCGCGAGGCAGUGCUUGAACGUUAGAGGUACGCGAAGACGCGAAGCGCAGCGGGCGAAGAAGUGGAACAGUUCGAUUACUGAUUACCGGUCGCUUGUUCUGUUUCCCAUCUUUGGGGUUCGUUGCGUAUACCACCGUUGAAGUCGUUUGUGUUCUGUUCGUUCGGACGCCCGCGUGGAAGCAGUUCGUUUGGGAGCGCAAAACGGAAGCCAGCGUGCGGUGGCUUCAGUGUAUGUGUCGUGUGAUUAUGUGUGAAGCGCUAGAAUAGAAAAGUCCUCCCCCCCCCCUCUUGUGUGUGUGUUGAUUCGUUCUUUUGUUUUGUGGCAUCGAGAUCGCAAAGAAAAGGUAUGAGAAUCGGUGUGUCCAGUCGAUGCGGAUCAUAAUCGAGUCCAUUGAACUAGAUCGAGUGCAGUGUGUGUGUGUGUGUUUGUGUGUGGUUUGUUGACUCGUUGCGUGUUUGUGAAGUUGCGGCCGGUAUAUCUGCACUUGACCCGUUAGACAAGAAUCUCGUCACGUUGCGACCACAUGGCGAUGGGCAGCAUCAGUACAGCAUCAACGGCAGCGAUCUAAACAGGACCAGCUAGACAAGAAAGUGUGUGUGUCCCGCUGGGGGAGUUAAAGUGCAAUCACUUCUCAAAACACGACGCCCCCUCUACCGCCAGUCGUCCAUUGACACAGAUCGCUCGGGAGUACAGAGAAGUAUUUUGUUAGUCAAGUUGUGAGUGUGUGUGUUGAGCCCCAAAAUGUUGUUCUACGCGGAGUGGCAGAGCAUCGACAGGAAGCAGCGGAGCUCGCAUCGACGCAGCAGCACCACGGCGAGUUCGGGGGCAGUCAGCCUACUGCUGGCCGCUCUGGCAUUGCUAGCAACUCGGGCAACAGUUUCCGGUCAAGAGGACUCUCAAGGUUUCGAGAUUCGAUCACUGUCCGGCGAACCGGACUACAAAUCGGUGAACCUUACCUGGGAGGUGGAAAGCGUACACGGCACGGAUGACGCAGCGGACGGACGUCGGCCGGCAGGGUAUAAGGGACGCUCGGCAAAGCUGACCUCCUCCCCAACGGGCGUGGCGCGUGCUCCCCGAUCGUUCAAUGUGUUCUACUGCGAGCUGCAAAACUGGGGACCGCAUCGCUGCAGGUCGAAGAUCGUGAAGGAUGAGUCGGGUGAUAGUGGGAAUAGCAAGCAGUACUCACUGUUGGUGAAAAACCUCCGCAUGGCGACGAAGUACUCGUUCCACGUGAAACCGCAGACGAAAAAGAGCGACCAGCGUGCCAGUGGACGGGCGGACGAGGGCGGGCAGGAGCCGGAGGAGCAAAACGCUUCCUCCACCGCUGCCGGACACAAUCAAGGCCAAACGAUCAUCAUACCAACGAAGGGCUUCUCUGCCCACGCGACACAGUGUUUGCCGCACGCGUCCGAAAUUGAGGUGGAAACGGGCCCAUACUUUGGUGGCCGCAUCGCCGCGGAGAAUGGCAACUGUGGCAUACAGGGGGACGCAUCCAGCCCGCAGGAAUCGUACACGAUGCGCAUCGACCAUGAGCAGUGCGGCAGCAAGGUGAGCACGAGGGAUCUGACCGUCGAGACGUACAUCACGGUGCAGGAGAAUCUGGGCAUACUGACGCACAGUACGCGUCGGUUCGUCGUUGUGUGCACCUUCCAGCCGGACACACUGACGGUCCGUGCCCGGCUGGCCCUCCCGGGGAAGGGUGGUGCGGCGCCGGUGCCAUCCUCCGAAUGGUGGCCCGCCCAGGGACGCAAUGCCCGUGUGCGCCAGUUCAACAUGGUGGACAAAAGUGGGCUGGUGCUGAAGGGAGCCGGAACAACGGGGUCGGAGGAUGAGCGGAACGACGUGGCCGAGCAGCUGGAGGAGGACUCGGGUGUUCCGGCAGAGGUGCGAGAGUUGCCCGCGGUUGAAGCCGACAGUCAGAAGAAAGCAGGCAGCGACGAGGAACAGCUGCUGCACGACGUCAAGUCGUCACCGUCGAACUCGCGCGGUACGAAAAGCGCUGGAAACUAUGCCCGUUUGCUGAACGAGCAGCAACAGGACGAAGGAACGGGGCUGGUCGACGAGCUGGACGAGUAUGGACAGGAGCUGGCAGAGAAUGAAACGGCCGGUGAGGAGGCAGCCGACGAGGAACGUGUGGUUGGUGUCGCUGGAUCCCGAACGGUCCCUAGCUCCCAGCGGCGAUCGUCGGGAGGCAGUUCCGACUCCUCCGGCGGACCGUUCGAUGCAACCGGGCUGCUCAUAUCCGCCUGCCUUGCUGUGAUACUGAUCGGAGCGCUCGUGUAUCUGCUCCAGCGAGAGUUCAAGAAGCAGCGCAUGAUCCACCAGCAUCAGCAGAUGGAACGGACAGCGUCCGAGCGUCGGGGAGCGGCAGUGGGAGGCGUCACGAUGCAGUAGUAGCGGGGAGGCAUCACGAUCUUUGACUGAGCUGUAGCAAAAGCAGCGCUCUCUUCCUCUCUUCCUUCUCACACUCUACAUUCCUUACGGUUGUGGUUGUCAUCUCAACCUUCCCCACUUGCCAACUAUGAUUUGAGCAUAAUUAUUUAUAGUUCGAUGUGUCUGUAUCAGUGACUGGAAUUUAGCGAUGUAAGCAAUAACAAAAGAAAAACGAUACAAUUUUAACGAAAACCCAACGACGAAUCGAAACGCGGGAAAAACACACACACACACAGACACAUACACUCACAAAUGAAUCGAGCAAUCGAAAAGGAAAAUGCACGUGCACACAAACACACACAGAGAAUGAAUGCAGCAGCAUGAAGAAGAGAAGCCCUAGCAAAUAAGGAUCGUUUAGUAUUAAGAGCAAUCAAACACAGAGACACGUAAACAAAACGUCCCCAAAUGCAUCCAAUUUCCAGCUGUUUUUUUUUGCCAUCCAACCUACUCUGCCCUACAUGUGCGCUAUCUUAUGCUUACUCGUUUCCUUUGAAACGCGCGCUGCGUGCGUCUUAAAGGGGGAUGCGAACGAGCAAUCGACACUGCAUCGCCCCUUAGGCUCGACAGACAGCUUACAAACGUUUCAGCGUACGAAAAUGACUGAGCAUAGAAUUAAGCUAACCCAGCUAACCCUUCCCCCCCCCCCCCCUUAGAAUGUUUCCCAAUCGUUUCCGCAAACGAAGAAAAGGCAGCGGCCAACUGCUGCUGGAGAGGAUUUACUUUAAUUAUUUUGCUUCUUCACCCACAUCUAGCGCGUAAGUGUAUCCGGUACGGAAUGGAAAGGAAAAGUAACAGAAACAACAAGCAACAACUGUGUCUUUAAUAAAGAUUUUAACUUACAACGAGCGAAAGGUGGAACGUUU